AUGAGCAGCUCAGUGACCGUUCUGCAAGAGGGCUACAGUCGGUGGAAAGUGAAGGAUAUGUCCAUGUACGCCUGUGGCACUGCCACCCUGGUCCAGUCUGGUGGCAAGAGCAUUCUAGUCGACACAUUGGGACCGUUUGACCGAGACAAACUGGUGAAACUUCUGGCCGACCGUAAGCUUCAUCCAGACAAUAUCAGCAUUGUAGUGGGCACCCACAACCACACUGACCACAUUGGCAACCUAAAUCUAUUCAUCAAGUGCGACCACUAUGUGGGCGAUCAAAAGUCACGAGGCGAUUACUUUGAGUUUGAUGUCUUCAAAGACCACACCUACAAGGACUUCUACCUGACAGACAAUGUUCGCCUCUUUUCUACACCUGGCCACACAGAGAACUGUGUCUCAGUUGUAGUUGAGAAGGUGGACAAACUGGACACUGUGGGCGUUGUUGGCGACCUGUUUGAAAGCGGCGAAGACGUUAAGGACGAGUCGCUGUGGCUCGAGGCCGGAUCAGUAGAUCCUGAUGAGCAACGGAAAAAUAGAGAAAGAAUUUACUCAUAUUGUGAUUACAUUGUUCCUGGACAUGGAGGAAUGUUCAAAGCUUGUAAACCGAUGUAG